AAACAGUUGCCGCAAUAAACUUUGUUCGUUUUCGAAUGUUACUGGCUUCCGUAGUGAUUUCUAUGGUUGUAAAAUUUCCCUUAAAAUCACUGCAACAAUUCUACAACCGCAGUUCUCAACCACCGUUUUGCUCCUCCAUAGUUCGCACGCGUGCGCAUGACAUAAUUCAACGAGAACGAGCAACAUUCAUUGCCAUGCGAAUUGUCUAUACAAUGUCGCUAAAUGUUGAGUUGUUAAAUCUAACAAUAUCGCUAACAAUACUACAGAGAAGCUGUCUAUCGUAUAUAUACAUAUAUAUGUAAUAUGCAAAUGCAAUGUGGCGGUACCAGUUGCUCCUCACAAUAUGGCCGAUAUUUUACCCCCUGCCUUCGCGCCUGCUUCAGCCCCUCGCUCGGUUGCACAGUCAUUCCCGGGCCAUGUAUUGUACGUACAUACGAAUGUAAACAAAUCGUAUCGAUACAUGUAUUGAAACAUUUAUGGCGGCUUAUUUCAAAUAAUGCGAAUUUUUUGACUGCAAGCGUGACAAUAAUAGUUGACGUUUCACAGAUGCCGAUAUUAUAAUUAUAUAGUAACAGCAAAAAAUGUAACAAUUGCAGAAGCUUUAUAAUACAUAGCUUACCGCUCGCUCACGAUAAGCAUCAAUCAUCAUGCAUUUGCGCCCUACCAGUUGAGCUGAUUGAGUGUUAACGGCAUUUAUUACCUACAGCAUACUACAGUACACUCCUCGAUCUUCGUCCAGUGGCCAUCUCGCAUACUUCGGUAUCGUGUUAAUUGUUCGGGUUACUUUUCGAUUAAAAUACACUCGACGAAACUGCAACAAAAUUUGCAAAAUUUUCGAAAGUUUAUAAUUCGUACGAUUUCUUAUCUUAUUUUGCAGAGCUAGACUUGUCAACCUGUUGUUGCAUUAAUUACAUUGUGGCGCAAAGAAUUUGAUCAGAAUGGAGGACAACGACGCAGUCCUAACACCAGGCCAGCGGAUACAACCCCCGGGAAGCGAACAGAUAGUUUCGGACCUGUUGGAGAAGCUCUACAGCCUGAAAGUGACUCGUAUAACCGUAUUGAACUCCUACGACGAUAGGAACUACCACAUAAUCUGCGAGAAUCUUCAUAAGAAUCCUCACAUAGACAGCGUUAGCAAGGACGGCUACGUGUUGAAGAUCAUAAACUCUCUGGACUCGAAGAACAGUCGCGUGAUAGACGCCCAGAACGAAAUGUUGAUCUACUUGAAUCAACGGCGCAUCAAUUGCCCUCUGCCAGUGAAAAACAUGAACGGGGAGUAUUACUCUCUUGAAACGUUGACCGCUCAAGACGCCGUAGAGAGCUACGCGGUCAAGCUCCUCGUUUAUCGUCCAGGCACGCUGUUGCAUCGAGUUCCAAUCACUAGCGACCUGUUUCGGAAUGUGGGACGUUUCACAGGGAAACUGGACAGCGUGCUGAAGGGAUUUUCUCACCCCGCGUACGACGACCAUAAAACGCUGUGGACGCUGACCUCGAUGCCCAAACUGCGGCAGUUCACCUACGUCGUGAAAGACGACCUUGAAAAGGACUUGGUAUAUCAGGUGAUCGACGCAUUCGAGAAGGACGUUCUCCGAGUGAUCUCCAAACUGGAGCAGGGCGUGAUUCACGGUGACCUGAACGAGCAGAAUAUCGUGAUGAGUUCGAACGGCGAGGACAUCACCGCGGUAAUCGAUUUCGGCGACUCGCACAGGACUUGUUUGAUCUUCGAGCUGGCCAUCGCGCUUUGUUACAUGAUCCUGCAAGCCGGAGACAUGACCAUGGGAAAGUACGUUAUCGAAGGCUACCAGGACUUCAGGAAGCUGACAGAGCUGGAGAAGAAGAUUUUAAAGGUCACCGUCUGUGCGAGGAUAUGCCAAAGCCUCGUCAUGGGAGCCUAUUCUUAUCUACACGAUCCGCAGAACGAUUAUUUGUUGAUCACCCAGAAAUCCGGCUGGGCCUUGCUGAAGAACCUGUGGCCCGUUGGUCAAGAGGAGGUGCUUCGUAGAUGGGGCUUGACGAAUUGAAGGAUUCAUCGGCUGUUUAGAAUUAGAAUGUUUCGUUCCGUUUAUAUUGCUUAGGUCGAUGCGAGCACGGAACCGUUGUCAAUUAAUCUGUCCAACGAAGAAUUCUCUUUCGCGUCAUCCGACAAACGCGUGGUUCUUGUAGAUUUCGAUUCCCAUGUAUGAAUCGGAACGUCGUACAUUUUCAUUAGUCUUUGAGAGAUGCUUAAGAAAGAACGCCGCAAGAGACACAAUGUGAAUUUCUAUUUCGAUUAUAAAUUGCGGUCACAUUACGGUUGAGAACCAGUGGCAAUACUUCAUCGCGUCGGAAUUAUUUAUCAAUCGAUAA